UUGUCUGGAAUCAUCGUAGAUUGACCGAUGAUUCUCUCUCUCUCUCUCUCACUCUUUCUCUCUCUCGCGGGACCGACGAGAUCCCUUAAUGAAAUCCCCUCCCGGAUGUCAUUAUAAAAGCUGGUGCGACUCGGCGCGCUGUUUGUCUUUCUUCGGCGAUUGAGAUCCUGACUUGUGCGCGCGACAAGCUAUCAUCACGAUCAUCAUGGUGCAGAUAGUUGGCAAGUACCGAUACGUGUCGAGCGAAAACUUCGAGGAUUACAUUAAGAAUCUUGGCAAGAGCGAAAACUUCGAGGAUUACAUGAAGAAUCUUGGCAAGAGCGAAUUCGUCAACAUCUACCUGCAGAUUACGCCGAUCGAAGUGGAGAUCGAGCAAAACGGCGAUCAGUGGGUCAUAGUCACCGUCAGCCAGGACAAGACCAGUACUAUUUUCACUAUCACUACUACUUUCAACCUUGGAGAGGUCUACAACGAGCAAUUUCCGACUUCGGAUCUCAUCUUUGAGAGCGUAACCACGAAGGAAAGAAAUGGUCUCAGAACGGAGACCACCUUAUCCACAGGUAUCACAGCGAUCCGAAAUUAUGAAUUCACAGACACUGAAAUGAUUGUGCAUCUAUCUUCCAAUAAGAGCGACGUUCAAGCCAAGCGUAUAUACAAAAGAGUGUAAAGCCAGUUUUCCUAAUUUAAAAAUAGCAGUACAUAAUAUCACACUUCAUUAAAGAGAUUGAAAUGUACAAGAGUACUUUUUUUUGUCUACUCCAUUUCCCCGAGACGAGACGAGGCAGCAAGGUGUCAAUCGGGCAGGACAAGAGGAUGUAUAUAUAAUGCUGGAUAUAACACUGUUCAAACGUAAUAUUUAUUUAUUCAAUUAUGAAUUCUGAGGAAAAAAAAGAAUAAAAUGGUGACAAAUAUGCGUACACAAGAAAGUCGGAAUAACAUGUAUACGAAACGCGCAUGUGAAACGCUAAGCUACGCUCCCUCGUACGCCUUGAUGCGGAGCUGCAUUUUAAUGCAUAUCAUAUCGAAUAUGUGUGCGUGUAUACAGGAUACAUAUUCUCGAGAAUCGCAUAUGAAAAUGUACGAAAAUGCUACAGUAUAUAUUACAUGUAACAUAGAUUUUUCUACUAUUUUCACAUGCGAUAUUUUUCAAGAAUAAAACUCCUGAUCGAUAGCGUGAGUCGCUUACGCAGUGGACUCGCCAUUUGCAUUAAACGUAUUCAUCUUAAAAAGAGUUGCCGGUCUUUUAAAUCCUUGAUUUCAUCGUGCUUGUGGGAAGGCUCAUUUAACGCUCGCGUUGUGGGCGCACAUAAAAAAUAUUGCGAGCAUGUAUCGAUUCUGAUAAAAUAAGACGAAAGUAUAUUUCACGAUCGGAAGUCAAACAGGAUAAAAAAAAGGGGGGAAACCAUUUUCGAUCGAAGUUUCCACAGUAUUAGAUAUCGUCGAGUGCGCGUUCCAACAGUGGAAGUUCGAAACGCAAGAGAAAAGAAAAUUUGAGAUAUGUGCGGUGUCUGAAAGCUUUAAACGCGCGCACACGACGACUAUCUACAUCGAUGAUCGGCGCUGAGAAAAGCAGGAUCCAAAUGUUUAGUUAGAGAAGAUUUAAUAAAAGCAAUCAAAAUAUUAUAUCAAAGAGAUAUAGUAUUUGAUUUUCUUUGAUGAAUUUUCUCUUUUUCACUGAACUUUUCGAUUCCUUUUCUCUUUCUCCGUUCAUAUACAUAUAUAAACUUCUUCUGGCUUCUCUAGUGCAUAUUAUUCGAAUUUAUUUAAUAUAGUACUGUAAGAUAUAUCACAUUAAACCAUAGGGUGCUGUACACAUAGAUUAGAUAGUAUUAUAUUAUCAUGAUUACGAGUCAGUAUAUAUCUCGCAAUGAAUUCAACUUCAAAAAAUAGGAACAAACAAGAAUAAAUAUACGCUUCCCUCUCCUCCAUUCCUUUCCUUUUUUGUGAUUCGAGUAAAAUUAUGUCGCGAGUAAUCGUUAUCAAUUAUAAUUGCGCAUAUAAAAUUAAAAAAUUGUAAAAAAUCCAUAUAUUUUAUCGAGUUUCGUUAAAGAUUAACAUACUGCCAUUAUCGGAGCCGAGUCUAUUUUCAGAAGCCGCCACAAGCACCUGAGCCUUCUCUCAGACAAUCUCAGGCCCGCGGAUCAGUUGAAAAUAAUGACGCAUGAAAACGCAUCCGAAUUAUAUUUACAUAACAAGACUAUCGAUCCUUAUUACGAUAAGGCAGCAGUUAUUAAAAGCAAUGUUUAGGGUAUGCCUCCCGUUCUUGUUAGACUAAUAUCUCUGUCACAUAUGUAUGCAUUCACGUAAGAACAAUAAAAAAUUUUUCGGUUUGACAUGCAUGUAUAAAUCCCUAAACACUACUCUAGUGGAUGUCCCGACGCGCAGUCGUGCUCUGUCCGUUAAACAA